CUAGCACUUCAUUGAUCUAAUCACCGAUCACAGCAGCAAUGAAGUUCAUCGUAGCUAUAUGCUUGGUAGCAUUCGGAGCUUGCUCCACACUUCCCCCAGUACCUGUGCACCCCAAUGAAGACAUCAUUCAGCAGGCAUUGUCUCACCCAGGGAGCAGAAUCAUUGGAGGCAACGACGCGGAAAUAUGCGAAUAUCCUUGGCAAGCUUCCCUUAUGUUUAGCAACAGUCACGUGUGUGGAGCGGUAGUGGUGAGCGACAAGGUAGCAAUAACUGCAGCUCACUGCGUCUCCUGGGCGCCGUCAAGCUAUUUCUCCAUUCGAGUCGGCUCCAAAGCACGGUCAAGAGGAGGACUAGUAUUUGCAGUAGCCGAAACAGUUGUUCAUGAAGAAUAUAACGUAGGUGCUGGAGCUUUUCCAAAUGACAUCGCAAUUCUCAAGUUCAACGAAUCCAUCAUUGGACCAGGUGCAGCGUCAGUGGCGAACUUACCCGACGAAAACAGCAAAGACUUUGCUCCUCAUCGCUGUACUAUAACGGGAUGGGGAUAUUCAGUUUACGGUCAAGUUCUUCCUGAAGUCCUGCAAAAAGCUGAAAUGACUGUGAUGAAGCCGAAAUGGUGUACGGAUGUAUUUGGUAGUUAUAUUAACGACGGACACGUGUGCCUUAUAUCUGACGAUUCUGCAUCCUGUAAUGGCGACAGUGGAGGUCCUUUGACCUGUGGGGACACCUUAGUCGGAGUGACGUCAUUCGGGGCUCUUGGAUGUCCCGCAAUCUACCCCUCAGUGUACACCCGGAUCACAUACUUUCGGCAGUGGAUCAAAGACAACUCCGGCGUGUAAAGUCACGUGGACAUACAGAACGCCCUUACGAUGGUGACAUAUUCGAAAAUAAAUAAUCUGACGGAUUUAAAUAUCACUCUAAA